CAGGAUCCGUGUUGGCCCGACUGGUUUAUUCGGUUCGAGACAAACGCUGGUACUCGCCGGAUAUAAGAAUGAGAGGGGAUUGAGCGGCUCUCUGCAUUCUAGGCUCCUCUGCUCGUUACGACACUUACGACGUGCACUUUACCUGACGAACCUAUCAUCAAAUAUGUCUUUCUUCAAACUUUCACUCAACAAGACUCAUAACCGAUCCGGCGGCACUACUCGCAAGCCUGCAUUGGAUGUCGUUGAUCUUUCAGGGUCCACCCAAUACACGAUUCAACUGCCACUCGCGUCGUCGAGUUCUUCUGGCCCAAAAUCGACAUCACGUUCUAGUGACGUGGCCGAGAUGCUCGACGAGGACAACAUGGCCUGGGGGUCCCCACCGAAGAAAAUUAAACACAACAAAUCAACCUGAUACUCGCAAUAAUGCAUGCGCACUCGACUCUUCUCGAACGCGGGUAAAGCACAAGAUGGACAGCGAUGGUAAUCUCCUGUGCUAAACCUCACGAAUCACCGGGGCAUCAUGACCCACGAAAGGCCUUCCUGCACGCACAUUGGACAAUGGUCGGACAUUCUGUUGGCAGACGAGUUAUAUAUUUAAUGAGCUAUUAUCAUGUGCAUAGUACUGUCAUCGUUGAUCGCACGAACAGAUUUAAUACAUAUAUUCCAGAU